UCGUGUAUGUAAGACAAACUAUUCACAUAUAGAACAACACGUAUUGCUAUCGUUAAAGUACUCGUAAAUUAAUUGGUAAUGUAACUUCCUAAAGUUGACAAGAGAGCAAAUGAUUAUGGGCUUUAUGUUUAUCAAGCGUACGAUAGUGAAACCACGCAUCGUUCGGCAGACAAUGCAUGAUGCACACAGGGAAUAAUGAAAAAAAAUUCCCUAAAUGUGGUUGCUUAUUAUUAUGUUGUGCAAUAUUAGUGUGGAAAGUCCCUUUGAGAGAGUUUGACAUUGAAUGAAGCAACAAAAGGUGUUUACUCAAGCUCAGCAACAUAAACUAUGUUGGCAAUACUAAUAAUACCACACACACACGUCGACGAGAAGUUUAAUACUUCGCGAUAGUUCAAGAUGGGGAAAGGAUCGACAUUUUUGUUUCUCUGCUUUGCCGCUCUGUACGUGGUACCAAAUGGUUCUCAUGCUACAAAACAGUUGAUACCCAAAAUUACAUACUGUGCUCAUAGCAUGUUGAUGGGAACCAUAGAAGCCCAUCUUGACAUAUGGCCAUACCAUCUCAAAUCUAUCUACUGCGAAGAUGGAACGACUACUGUAGACCCUAAAGGAUGUUAUAUGAAAAAGGGAGAGAUCAGAACACUUGGAUUUUGGACUGCCCUAGAUGGAAGUUUUGCUUCUCUUUUCACGAAGUCCGUGUGUCACGGAAAUGUCACUGUUCAUAAUGAAUAUGGGGAACUGAUGCUGUGCGUAAGACUAACCGUCCAAGUGAAUGACGUCUAAAUCACCAACAAGUCUCAGGCGAGAAGAACUACAGAACUUUCAUAUCAUACAGAUUGUCAUCAAGACAGCUUUAGCUAGAAGGCUAGAAUGAGAGCAAAAUGAGAGAUAAAUUCACUUCAUCAUUGCACCCUUGCCCACCCCCCCCCCCAAAGCUGGUGUGUUACAAAUUGUUAAAGACACUUGACACUAUUGGUAAUUGUCA